GGAGGCCUCUCGUGCGUCGGCGCAUGCGCUCUCACCACCACCACCACUACCACCACCUCGACCUGGAAACGGAAUGCCUGAGCCGGGUGCAGCAAAACACAAUGUGAAACCAAGAUUUGUUGGUGGUUUAUGAACUGUGGCUUGUUUUAACCAUCAUUUGGUGUCAUGUGUGAACAAAACAGCCUUAUUGAAUCUUGGUUUGUUUCUCCACUGCAUCUCAGAUGCUUACCAAGCUGCACGAGGACCAAUAUAUUUCAGAUGGCAGCUAUAUGUCUGCUUCCAUCCUCUGUAACUGAUGUUCCAAGUCCCUAGCUUGAGAAGCUGUGUGUUCUUCAAAUAAAAGGGUUUCAUUAGGGCAUGAACAAUGGAUUCUUUGGAUCACAUGCUCACCGACCCAUUAGAGUUGGGGCCAUCUGGAGAAGGAAAUGGCACACAGAUUAUGGAGGAUUGCAUGCUGGGAUCCAUUCGAAUUAGCUUGCCAGAAGAUCUCUUGGAAGAUCCUGAAAUCUUUUUUGAAGUUGUCAGUCUUUCAACAUGGCAGGAGGUGCUGACGGACUCGCAACGAGAACACCUGAAAAAGUUUUUGCCUCACUUCCCAGAAAGUAACACUGAACAUCAAAACAAUCUUAUCCUGUCCCUGUUCAGUGGAGAGAACUUUCGGUUUGGAAACCCCCUGCACAUUGCCCAGAAACUCUUCCGCGAUGGACACUUCAAUCCUGAAGUGGUGAAGUAUCGACAGCUUUGCUUCAAGUCUCAGUACAAGCGCUACCUCAGUUCCCAGCAGCAGUACUUCUACCGGUUGCUGAAACAGAUCCUUUCCUCCCGGAAUCAUCUGUUGGAGCUUGCCAGGAAAGGUGGUCCAGAUCUGGCCCUGAAGAGGAAAUACUCAGCAGCUGCUUGUGCUGCUGAGGAACGGGACCGGCGAACACAUCGACGGUUCCUGAAAAUCCUCAGGGAAGUGAAAGAGGAAUGUGGAGACACCACCUUAUCCUCAGAUGAAGAAGAUCUGAGCUCCUGGAUUCCAAAUUCUCCAGCCCAUUGCCCAAGCCCCACUAUUCCUCUCAGAGUAAUCCCCACAUUAUCAACCCAAGACAUGAAAACAGCAGAUAAACUGGAGUUUGGUGAGAAUGACCUGAAGAUGAUACUGAAAAAACAUCAUGAAAAACGCAAGCGCCAACCUAGCCAUCCUGACCUCAUGACUGGGGAUCUGACUCUGAAUGAUAUCAUGACACGUGUGAAUGCUGGUAGGAAGGGAUCCUUGGCAGCUUUGUUUGACCUUGCCGUCCUGAAAAAGAAAGUGAAAGAAAAGGAAGAGAAGAAGAAGAAGAAGCUAAAAGUGAUUAAAUCAGAAGCAGAGGAUUUCUCUGAGUCCCUUGGCAACACUGAAGGGAUGCCUUCAAUGUCUCAGAAUCCUUCCCCCAUCCCGCCUAUCUGGGAUCCCCCAUCUCUCUCAUCUGUUAAAGAAGAGCCUCUUGAAGAUAUCAAGCCGUGUCUUGGAGUAAAUGAAAUCUCCUUCAGCUUCUUUUCUCUGCUUCUGGAGAUUCUGCUUCUAGAAGGCCCUGCGAGUCUCUCAGUGCUUGAGGAUAAAGUCAUGGAUUGGCAGUCUUCCCCUGCCAGUACAUUAAACAGUUGGUUCUCCUUCGCCCCCAACUGGUCAGAACUCGUUUUGCCCGCACUGCAGUAUCUCACAGGUGAUAGCAGAGAUGCUCCUUCCAGUUUUUCUCCAUUUGUUGAAUUCAAAGAGAAAACCCAGCAGUGGAAGCUGAUAGGCUCUUCACAAGACCAUGAGAAGGAGCUGGCAGCGCUCUUCCAGCUCUGGCUGGAAACAAAAGACCAAAUCUUCUUCAAGGACAACGAAGACAGCUCAGAUGCCACCACACCUAAUCCCCGAGUAAGGACUGACUACGUAGUCCGGCCUAGCACUGGGGAAGAGAAACGUGUUUUCCAGGAACAGGAACGUUACAGGUACAGCCAGCCCCACAAGGCCUUCACCUUCCGCAUGCAUGGCUUUGAGUCAGUGGUCGGCCCUGUGAAGGGUGUGUUUGACAAGGAAACUUCUCUGAACAAAGCCCGAGAACAUUCUCUGUUGCGAUCAGACAGGCCUGCAUAUGUCACCAUCUUGUCUCUUGUUAGGGAUGCUGCUGCCCGUCUUCCUAAUGGAGAGGGAACCCGUGCUGAGAUUUGUGAGCUGCUUAAAGACUCUCAGUUCCUCGCUCCUGAUGUCACCAGUGCUCAGGUUAACACUGUGGUGAGUGGUGCACUGGAUCGAUUGCAUUAUGAGAAGGAUCCCUGUGUGAAAUAUGAUAUUGGACGUAAGCUAUGGAUAUACCUACAUCGAGACAGGAGCGAAGAGGAGUUUGAGCUGAUUCAUCAGGCUCAGGCAGCUGCAGCUAAAGCUAGAAAAGCCCUUCAGCAGAAGUCUAAACCUCCUGCAAAGAUAAAGUCCAGUAGCAAGGAGAGUUCAGUGAAAGUGGCUACUAGUGGCACCUCUGAGCCUAGCCAGCUGAGCCUUAGUGAUUCCAGCAUGCCACCAACCCCUGUGACUCCAGUGACACCCACUGCCCCUCCGCUGCCAGCAAUGCCCAUUUCACCACCGCCAGUCUCUGUGGUUAACAAGAGUUUGCCAAAUGUUGCAUCAGAGCAAGCUAAACCCAACCAAAGCAUCCUUCUGGUGUCGUCUCCCACCAUGCCGCAGCUGGGGACUUUGCUCUCCACGGCACAAAGUACCCAAGCACAAACUGGGCCUCAGCAAACCCCCCCUCCACGGGUGGCCAGCCACACGUCUUCCUCAGGACUCCCACAGGUUCGAGUGGUUACAACACAGUCCAGCCUCCCACCUGUGUCUCAGCCAGCCCCACCAGUGAUCCAGCAGCAGCCCCCACCAGCACCUGUUCCUCAGGUUCAUGCCCCUUCCACUUCUGCACAAACCAAAGCACUGCCUCAGGCUGUCAACACUGUCACGGUGAAAGCUCAGACCAGCCCAGUCCAAGUGCAAAGGCCAACAGUUUCUGUCACAGGCCCAGUCAGUGUUGCUGGGACAGGGAUCUCAGCAGCCCUCAGCCCUGCCCCAAAGCCAGUGACCAGUUCUCCAGGCAGCUCUGCCCCCACCUCCUCCUCUGUGUCUCUGUCGUCGUCAUCCUCCUCCUCCUCAACUUCCUCCUCUUCAUCCACCACAGUCCUCCAGAACGUAGCUGGCCAAAAUAUCAUCAAACAGGUGGCUAUUACCGGACAGCUAGGGAUGAAAAGCCAGCCUGGGAGCAGCAUCCCGCUUACCGCCUCCAACUUCCGCAUCCAAGGCAAGGACGUUCUGCGCCUGCCUCCCUCCUCGAUCACCACUGAUGCAAAGGGACAGACAGUUCUCCGCAUUACUCCUGACAUGAUGGCCACCUUGGCCAAGUCCCAAGUCACCACUGUCAAACUGACGCAAGACCUCUUCACUGCUGCAGCCACUGGCAACACUUCUGCCGGCAAGGGCAUCUCGGCCACUCUGCGUGUGACUUCCAGCCCCAUCCAGUCUUCUGACUCUCCCGCCAAGACCAGCACGCCCACCUCUGCCUCACCAGGCCCAGCUGGGCCCACAGUGGUCAAAGUUACUCCUGACUUGAAGACUGUGGAGUCCACUGGCUCUGCGUUCCGGCUGAUGCCUGCUCUGGGCAUGGCUGUGGCAGACCAGAAGGGCAAGGGCAUCACUACAGUGGCAUCCACUGAAGCCAAGCCAGCUGCCACGAUAAGGAUUGUGCAGGGGAUGGGGGUGAUGCCACCAAAAGCUGGGCAGACCAUUACAGUGGCCACUCAUGCCAAGCAGAUGACCGCUGCCUCGUCUGUGAGCGUCCCUGGCACAGUCCACACCUCCGCUGUUUCUCUGCCAACCAUGACUGCUUCUGUGUCUAAGGCGGUUGCUGUUGUGUCAGGGGGAGCAGGGACACCCAUAACAAUAGGAACAGGGACCACGACUAUGCGACAGGUUCCAGUGAGCACCACAGUCGUCUCCACCUCCCAGGCAGGGAAGCUGCCUGCCCGUAUCACAGUGCCCCUCUCCGUCAUAAGCCAGCCUGUGAAAGGCAAGAGUGUAAUGACGACUCCCAUUAUCAAAGGCAACCUUGGGGCCAAUAUCAGCGGACUGGGUAGAAACAUCAUUCUCACUACCAUGCCAGCUGGGACAAAACUGAUUGCUGGGAACAAGCCAGUGAGCUUCCUGACCGCACAGCAGCUACAACAGCUGCAGCAACAAGGCCAGGCCACACAGGUGCGAAUUCAGACACUCCCAGCCUCCCAUCUCCAGCAGGGAACGGUGUCUGGCUCUACAAAAGCAGUCUCCACUGUUGUCGUGACAGCAGCGCCAUCUCCAAAACAGCCACAAGAUCAGUAAAUUCAACGGCAAGCUGUAAUUUUGCAAGAGUUACUCCAGCCUUCUUAUUCCAUUUCCACCAAACUAGGGCUUGCUAGAGUCACUCUACUUACCCGCAAGUUGGUUCCUGAUAUUUUGGAAGCACUUGUGGGAAAUGCCCAUCAUUUGGUUUCUGUUAGAAUAAGCAGAACCUCUAACACAAGCAUCCUGGAGUGCUGCAUUUUAAUAACCUUAACACCUUCAUGUUAAGUUGCUGGACCCAGCAAUCUGCUCAGAAAGGCUGGUCUCUUCUUUUUAAAUUUUCACCCUAGAAGAAUGUAAAUUUCAAAGAAACCUGCUGAAUUAAGGCAAGAAGGUCUUAGAAGAAAUGGACAAGUUAUAUUGCACCGGACUUCUGUUUUAUCAUUUCCAGGGUGGUUCUUAUGGACAUUCUGAUGCUAGAUUUUUAAUAUUUGGUGCCUAAGCUUUCACCUGUUUAUUUGAUAAUUUUAUUCAGUUUUUUUUAAAAAACUAAGAGUUUCUUGGCAACUUUCCUUCCCUCUCUGUGCAUAAACUUCACCUAUACUGCACUGCUUUAUCCUCAUCAAACUAAGCAUUUAUAUAAGAUGGUAUAAAAUUGACCUUAUGUGAAAUGCUCAUCAUUAUGUGAGAUACUCAAAGAAAGCCUAGAGAGAAAAAGAAGAGGGUAUUCUAAGCUGGUUGUGAGAAAGAGCCAAAAGCAAACCCUUCCCCAGGAUAAGCUUAACACCUUGGACUUUAUGUGACGGGGUAGUCACCUUUUGGAAUGAAAAGCUAAAGAAAGCUUGACACCGUGUACCAAGCUCUCUUCAUAUAAAUUCAUUUUACUGAUGUUGA